GCGUGGUAGCGCUCACACUCCAGCUGAUCGGCCUCGACUCCCGGUGCGGUCCGUCGGACUGUACGCGGUUAUUAAAUUUAUCUAGUUUUAGUCCUAUUAAAUUCCAAAACCUUAUAGCACCCCGCGUUAUCGGCGACGUGUGCUUUGCAUGUCGCCGUUUUUGAAUCGAGGAUUACAUCACGAAAGCUUUCUUGGGAGGCGUCGAGCUGAGGAAGCUGAGGAAUUUGUCCCCACAACAAGCAGGCCGCUAGCUCAUCCCGGGUCUUUCUUAGGGCAGCCCGCCGCGUUCAGACAGCGAUGGGGGAUACAGGGAGUGAACGGAGCAAGCCGCCGAGUAACGUUAUACCUCCUCGCUGCCCUUGUGGAUUUUGGGGGUCGAGCAAAACCAUGAACCUCUGCUCCAAAUGUUUUGCAGACAUCCAGAAGAAGCAACCUGACGAAGAUUGCGCCUCAGAGCCCGCCCCUGGCUCCAGCAAUAGCCAAUCAGCAGUCUUCUGUAAUGAAACAAGCAGCAGCAGUAGCCAAACCCUGUCCUCCACGCCAGUCAGCUCAGAGGGGCCUUCGACAGAUGCCACGCCCCUCUCUGCGCAGGAAGAAGCUUCGAGUACAGAUACAGCCCGCGGCACGCUAUCCACUCCCACAAAACGACCCUGUGAUGCAGUCUCAGGUUCAGAGAGCGAGGCAUCCCCAGAGAAGCGGGUGCGAGUUGGAGAGCCCUCUGAAGAGUCUCCACGAGGGUCCAAGCAGAAGAACCGCCGGCGUUGCCAUCGCUGCCAAACCAAACUUGAGCUCGUACAACAGGAGCUGGGAUCCUGCCGCUGUGGAUACGUGUUUUGCAUGUUGCACCGGUUGCCAGAGCAGCACGACUGUCUGUUUGACCACCUUGGCCGCGGGAGAGAGGAGGCCGUGCUGAAGAUGGUCAAGCUGGACCGCAAGGUGGGACGGUCCUGCCAGCGCAUCGGAGAGGAGUGCUCCUGAACACACAAAUCUACGCACGCACACACGCACAUAUACACACACACACACAACGUGGAAGAGGAGAACAGGACAUACAUUCACAACAACAACUCCCUGCCAGCCCCACUUUUCCGUCUUGCCCUGAGGCCAGUGGUGCUUUGACCCUCAAUGCAGCUCCUACCCUCAGAGCACUGCUGAGUCAACCCUGAACUGUAUGACCUUCCUCACUCACCUAGCACUGUUAAAAACCUGCCUCCUUUCCCACACACAUACAGAUACCCACAUUCUUAUGGCUCUGAUACCCCUCACAGCUGUCUUAAGCCCAUUCCUAUGGACCUUGUUGGAAGACCCCUUUCACUAGAAAACACCAUCAUCCUGCCCAGAAAAAAGAAAACAGAAAGACCCUCCACUGGCCCUUUUAUGGCCCUCUCGACAUUGUCUCUGACCUCUGACCUCUACUCCACCUUCUGGUCCACACUGUCCCUUAUUUUCAUCAGCCUUACGUUUCUGUUAUGUUUCUCUCAGUUGCAGGCUUUCAAAUGUAGGUCAGUGGGUCAGGGGUCAUUGCUAAGACAAAAUCUCCUGCCUCAAGGUCAUGUACUGAGGAAGGGCUGAUCUGCCACGAACCUUUGACCUCUCCUUCCAUCCCCUCCACUUGAGAAAAGUCUGUGGUUUUUGGAGAACUGCUUUUUAUCCCUCCCCCCCAGACGCUGCGAUCGACCCCAGGGGAACACAUCAGUCGAUUUGAGGCUGUCUGGGAGUCUUCUUGAUCCAACUUCACAAGUCUCCUCCCAUACUGCGGACAGACAAGACGGUCAACUUUGAAAUGGCGAAGGAAUUUGACCCAGGGAGUUAGACGGGGAGGCUCCUUCCUUCCCCAGGUUGGCCCCAGGAGAAGCCACUUGAAGUUCUCCACACACUGGCUCUGCCCUAGCAUACAGGAAGCUACUCUCAUUUUAGAGACACACCAGUGCCUCUUUUCUGUCGUUCUGUACACUCACUCUCACCCUCACAACAUAUACAUGCUGUUUCAGUUACGUUUUCAUAUAUACAUAUACAUAAAUAAAUAUAUAUUAUAUAUAUUGUUGGGUCCGUGCGCGUGCAGCACAGGGACAGCAAGCUAAAUCAGACGGUACCCAUUGGACUGGGUUCAUUUGGGAUCAGGCCACAGCACAUUGACAGGUUGCCCCAGGGUUUAAUGGGAACUGUAGUUCAGGUCUGAAUAAAAACACACUCUGUAAACUCAUUACAAACUACAACUCCCAUAAGACCCCUCUGACGUAUUGAGUGACGCUCUGCCUCCAGAAAACAGCAGCGACUUUCAAUGGGAUUGUUCUUUUUGUCUCUUUUUCAUUUUCUCUUUCAAUCCAUCAUUUCUUCCCCUCUUCCCCACUCCCUGACCACCCCCCACCCCCACCCCCACCCCCAAUCCCAAUCCUAAUUUAGAGACGAUCUCCUUCAGUACAGUUUGUUGUUCGCUCGGCCACCUCUUUUGACAUUUUCUCCUCCCCCUCUCACACUCAUACUCUGUUUUUCCAAGAUGCUCAUACUUUUCUCAUUUCUUUGCAAGGAUGGGGUUUGAGGGAGGGCCAAGUCGGGGUGGGGCAAAAAGGGGCAAGGUAGAGCGCUAAAUUUACCCCUCACUUUUAUACUUUACGCUGUUUUUCCGUUGAGUUGUUGGAGGAGGACAGAGCUGACAAAGAUAAGUGAAUAUCCUGUAUCUUAAAAGAAAUCCUUAUUUAACCUUCUUUGUGUUUCUGAUUAACUCUCACUACUGCAUAGAGCUGCAUUUCUUUGCCCUUUUUAGGUUAACGUUGUUAAAAGGUUUAAAAAACAAUAUGGAUAAGAGAAUAAUUCUGUAGCCUUUCUUUGGGUUUAUUUGUUUUUGUUUUUUUUUUCUUUUUUUCCUUUCUUUCCUCCUUUUUGCUGAAAAAGAAUAAACUGGAUUAGUGAAGAGCGUGGUAGAUUGUUUCUGGUACUUUUAAAUCUUGAGUGUGUCUGGGUAUGUUUGGGUGGUAUAAGUAUUAUAAGGUUAAAAAUUAUCCAGGGAUUUCAAAAUGAUGACCAUAUUUCAAAAUUCUGUUGUUUAAUGUCUAUUCCACAUCUGAGCAGCCAAAUAAACAUAUUCCACCCAUUUA